AUGCGCGCACUUCGUCCCUCCCUCCGCCUCCUACACCAUUCGCGCCCACGAACAGCAGCUCUCGCACCACGGAUACCAACCCGACCCUUUUCACACACAAGACCGGCUCCCCUCCUCGCAAACCCCCUCAACAUCCCGCAAUGGAUCACAGAAAACGCCCACAUGCUCCAACCCCCCAUAAACAACUACUGCGUCUACCAUGCCUCGGGCCUCACCGUCAUGAUCGUUGGCGGUCCCAACGCCCGAACAGACUACCACAUCAACGAGACAGCGGAAUGGUUCUACCAAUACAAAGGCAGCAUGCUGCUCAAGGUCGUCGACACGGACGGCUCCUUCCGCGACAUCCAUAUCCACGAGGGGGAUAUGUUUCUCCUGCCUCCGAAUACACCGCAUAACCCUGUCAGGUUCGCGGAUACGGUGGGGAUCGUGAUCGAGUUGCAUAGGCCCGAGGGAAGUGUGGAUAGGUUGAGGUGGUAUUGUCAGGCCUGUGGGGAGGUGGUACAUGAGGCGAGUUUUCAUUGUACGGAUCUGGGUACGCAGAUCAAGGAGGCGGUGAAUAAAUUCAAAGCGGACAAGGAGGCAAGAACGUGUAAGAACUGUGGGACGGUGUGCGAAACGGCGCCGGGAUCGAAGGAGUGA